AAAAUAUGCACACUAACAAUGAUGACGAAGUACGGAAAAUUUAAUGGGAGACCACUUUCAUUUUCUUCGAAAAUUGAUUGUUGUUAGUCCCCUUAUUCUUAGACUUCUCUAUACUGACUAUACAGUCUCAGCCAAGAUUAAAGAUAAAUUUGUUUUUUUUUAAAGCUAUUUUAUGUCCAAAUGCAAGCAGUAAUUAGAUGGAUUCCUCUAACAGAAAUAACCCUUCAUCAUCCAACCAGAGAAAAGGCUCAGUGAAAGAUAAACUUCAGCAAGGGCACAAAGGCUCUGUAAGUCGACCAGUUAAAGAACAUACAUUCCUAACAGAUGUAGCAGAUGUCAGAACUAUGGAACAUGGACUUUUACAAUUAUUAAAUGAUUUUCAUUCAGGAAAACUUCAGGCGUUUGGAAACACUGAAACUUUCAAUAAAAUGGAUGCCAUCAGAGUUCAGCAAGAGCAAUUGGCAAAGACACAUUUUGAAAUGGAUCUUGUACCUAGAAAUACUUCUAACAGAUUAAGUACAGAAGAUUCUCGUAAAGAAAACAAUGAAAAAAUGGACAAACUUAUAGCACAGCUUCACAGUCUAAGUUUAUCUGUUCAAAAUUUUCAGACCGAAAUGGGCAAAAAAGAAUUCCACAGGGAGGAUGACUGAAUGGAGAGAUCUUCAUUUAUUUUAUUUCUAUGUAAAUCUUAAAUGUAAUUCAUUUGAAACUAGAAAUUAUGUCCAGUUUUCUUUAUUUUUCAAUUUAAUCUAUGAACAGUUUGAUUUUUAUCUCCGUCACCUAUUUAUCUGUUUGUGUGGUUACAAUAUAGAGUUAGAUUGUAUUAAAGUUAUUAAUUGAUUUCAAAACAUUGUCUUUAAAUGUUUAGACUCUUUUUAGAAUGUUAAAAACAAAGUCCUUUGAAGUUCUUUGUUAGAAGCAACCCAUCCAGGUUGUUUGGUUGACUUCUUUUAAAGUAGUCACUAUCUGUGGUAGUUUAUUUGUACUGAUAAAACAUAGUUUAUUUUACAUUGUUGUACAUAAUUUUAAUACAAUAUACACUAUAUUGUAAAAAUCUAUUUACAAGUAUAUGUCCAUGCCAUUGGUAAUCAAAAUAACUAGAAAUAUCCUUAAAAUGGAACACCAGCUUUCAUUCAUAUAUUUGAAAUGUUUAUUAAAUGCUUUGAAAUUAUCUAAGGCUUUCUUUUUAAAUGCCUGGCAAUUUGAAAAAAAAAAAAGAUUUGUAUUUAUAAUUUUUAUGCAAACUUUUUUUUAUUAUAUUUUUUACAUUCUGCAUUUUUGUGAGGAAAAAAAUGACUACAUAUGUUUUUUUUCUUUUUUUUUAUAUAUUUGAAACUAUGGUGUGUUUUUUUUGUUAAAACUAUUUGACACAUUUAUUAUGUGCAAUUGUAAGAUGUGAUGUGAUCUAUAACACUACCAAACUAUUAGUAUCCAUUCCCAAUAUUGCUAUUUUUUUCCCUAGUCCUAUUUAUUCCAAUGUCUUAAUGAUUUUUACACAUUUAUAUACAUUACAUUGUCAGACUAAUAGUAUGUUUUGUUACUAUUGACUCGAGGCCUGUAGAGUACAGUAUUACUCCUUCUUUUAUUUAUAUAUACAAAUAUAAAUCCAUCAACAUUUGUAACUGUGCCAGUGAAAGAAACUUGGUGACUACACAAAUAUUUGAACUCACUGGCCAGUGGUAAGAUUCUACAUUUGUAUGCUGUCUAUUAUUUUCACAAGGCCUGUACAUUAGAUUUGAUAAACAAUGAAAUAGAAAAAAUGUUAACUUUGUAUUUUGAGAACAGUGUAUUUUUGACAAUUUUAAAUAUUAGAUUUUUACUUUACUAUUGAACUAGGGAUAGCUCAUCAUUUUAAAUAUAUGUUGACAACUGAACGCACAAUGCAGCUAAUGGUUGUUGAAGCUGCUUUGAUUAACUAUCCACGUUUUUGUUUCUGUUAGACUUAAUAAUAUGAAUUGAAAAUAAACUACCCUUGUUUGUAAGAAAUAGUUAAUGUCUAAUAGAUAUGUAGUUUGUGUACAAAUUGUUAGUUUAAAUGUGUUAAAAGAAUAGAUAGGCCUACAGACCUGUAAUUUUACAAAUAGUUUAAAUGUGUUUAAAGGAAUGAUAGGCCUACAGAUCUGUAUUUUUUUUUUUGUGCCUAGUGAUUGUUUGAUUAUCAGUAUAAGAUUUGGUGUGAAACAUCAACACUGAAUUGUGAUAUCCAUGGUGAUGGCUGUGAAUAAUAGAGGGAUGAUAGCUUUCUUCAGCCAUCUCAAGCUUUCUUCUAACUAAAAGUAUCUUUGUAUUCCUUUUGUGAAUCAUUAUCUCCAGUCAUUUCUUCAUGCAGUAGAACAUUGAUAUGUUGUCCCAGUCUAUUGCUCAUAAAAACAUGACAAUUGAAAUUAUAUUAUUAUAUAUAAAUUUAUAUAAAUUAUUAUUAUAAUUGGAAAUGUGAUCAGACAUCAAGAUGAACUUAUCCAAUUAAUGAUAUUUCGAAAGUCCAACUAAUCUAGACUUCGUCAAGAUGGCAGUUUUAGUCCUUUGGCAACAAAUACAAGCAUAAUUAAUUAGCACAAUUUCAGCAAUGUACUUGUUUAUUUUAUUGACUUUUGCCUUGAAAAGAAUGCCAAGCCAAGCAUGAAAUAGGCAGGCAGGGCAAGGAGGGGAAAAAAAGUUUUUUAGAUAGCAAGAGCAUGUAAAUUACUUCUGUGACUUUCCAAAAGAAAAAAAAGCAUCUGAUUCAAACCUUAUAAAGCAGAAUUUGUUAAACCUAAGACUUUUUUUUCUAGUUGGUCAUAUCAAUGUUCUAAUGUAUGUUUUUUGUUUUUCCACACUUCAUUUGAAUGCAGAUUUACAGAAAUAGCUGAUGACUAAUAUUAAAAGUAUUUGUUUAUUACCCUAAAUUAAAUGUAAACAAUAAAUCUUGUGGCACAAAA